CAUGUGGCGGAAGUUUGCGCCCUCACGUGAAAGAAGAAGAAGCAGCUAGCGGAGAGGAUUAAACUGAAAACGUUUAUAUUCAUACUUUCGGACCUGCCAUUCAAAUGGGAUGAGGUCUAUCAACAAAUACGCAUAGUUGUGCUUGUUCGUUGGCACGACGCGUGGCAGAGAAGAGCAAUGUCCCUGCCAGCAGCUGAGUCCGUGGACAAGAUAAAAACCUCCAGGCAGACAUAAAGGUGUGACCACAGCAGGCGGUGUGUAGGGGUUCAGACGCAGGCCAGUGUGCCUGGUUAUUUGGGUGUGCGUGUGUGUUUAUGGUUGUGUAUGUGUAUGAGUGAGUGGCAUAGCAGCAGUGGGUUGUAACGUGAUGCCAAGAUGCUGCUGUCCCUGGGAAUGCUGAUGUUGUCGGCCACACAGAUUUACACCAUCUUCACCGUUCAGCUCUUCGCCUUCCUCAACCUGCUGCCUGUGGAGGCUGACAUCGCUGCUUACUCUUUUGACAACAAAACAGAAAACUUUGAUGACCUUCCUGCACGGUUUGGCUAUCGGCUACCUGGCGACGGACUGAAGGGCUUCCUGAUUGGAGCACGGCCAGAAAAUGCGUGCGAGCCCAUUGAGCCCCCUCCGAGGGAUAACUUGACGGGAGCGUUCAUCGUCCUCAUAAAACGCUUCGACUGCAACUUUGACAUCAAGGUCCUCAACGCGCAGAAAGCCGGAUACAAGGCGGCCAUUGUCCACAAUGUGGACUCUGAUGACUUAAUCAGCAUGGGCUCCAAUGACCUGGAUGUUAUGAAGCAGAUAGAUAUUCCCUCAGUGUUCGUGAGCGAGCUGACUGCCAACACUUUGAAAGUGGACUACACGUAUGACAAGGGGGGGCAUGUUGUUCUCAUGCCAGACUUCAGCCUGCCCCUGGAAUACUACCUGAUCCCCUUCCUCAUCAUCGUGGGAAUCUGUCUCAUCCUCAUUGUUGUUUUCAUGAUCACCAAGUUUGUCCAGGAUCGACACAGGGCUCGGAGGAGCCGCCUGCGCAAGGAUCAGCUUAAGAAACUUCCCAUCCACAAGUACAAGAAAGGGGACAACUAUGAUGUAUGCGCCAUCUGUCUGGACGAGUAUGAAGAAGGUGACAAGCUCAGAGUCCUGCCGUGUUCCCACGCCUACCACAGUAAGUGUGUGGACCCCUGGCUGACCAAAACUAAGAAGACCUGUCCAGUGUGCAAGCAGAAAGUGGUCCCCUCACAGGGGGACUCUGACUCGGAUUCAGAGGAAGGGGAGAGCAGCCCCGAGGAGAACGAGGAGGUUUCGGAGAGCACCCCUCUUUUGCGCUCUCUGGCCUCCACCAGCGCCCACUCCUUUGGUACCAUGUCAGCGGCGUCACGCUCAGACCCUGAGCAAGAGUCCUCCGAGUACGAGGACGAUGAGCUGGACAGCAGCGACAGCGAGGAGGAGGUCACCGUGGAAACUGUGGUAGUGCAGAUGCAGCAGCCGUGCUCUGAAGGCCAUGACCAGGAGGACGACCUGCCCCGAGCUUGACUGAUUGUUGGUUGGCCGAUCAACAAAGCCUGCCCCCCCCCCCCACCCUCUUGCAUACCUCACAGCCGCAGAGACUUUUGGGGUUACCAAACAGAUUAAUCAUCUGAUUACUUCUUUCUCUCACCGCUUACAAGACGCAGUUAUAUAUCCACCAUCCAGUUUUAUUUUUAACAUGAUUAUGGACAUAUCGCUGAUGACACUGUCAUGAGCUGACCUGCUUGGCACAUUAGAAGGCACAGGUGAUGUACAGUAGACUGGUAUACUGUAACUAGUCAUAAACAGAGGAAAUAGAAAAUCAAACUUGACACCAAGUUUAAUAAAAUGUGUAUAUAAAAAUUGAGAUCACAAUAAGUUACAUCUCUUUAGUUAUCUCCUGUUCUGUAUGUUUCAGAUGAUAGGGGACGUUUCAUUAUUGUACAUACAGUUACACUGACACACCAUGAACCGCUAUGCAGCAUCCUUUUUGUAAACUUACAUUAAGCAAGUAUAGAAACAUUUAAAGCCACAGCUCUAUGUUUUUUUUUUUUUUUUUGCCAAUUUAUUUCUAGCCUGAUGUAUGACGGAGCCUUUAGGUGCUCCUGUCUGUUCUGUGCCACAGUUUCUCUGUUACAAAAAAUGAUUCACUUUAAGACAAACUGAAGCGAAACCAGUUUGGGAAACACAUUCAAAGCAAAGAAUGUCAUUCUCUGUGAGACAAGUUACGUUGUGACGCCAGUUUAAACGUGUGGGGAAGAAACACGGGUGAAAACUGUGUCCACACUGCCUGUGGUUAACUUCAUUAGGCUGCUCCAGACCUAUCACCUCUUUACACAGAUAUCGUUUGAUUGGCCUUCUAAUACAUAUUUAACUUGACUUAAUCUCAUUUUAAUAUGGCUUAUAAUAACCAUUGACUUUUGUUUUCACAAUAUUGAAUGAUUUUUGUUCAUGAAACCUCUCGCCUUUUUUCAGUUGAUGUAUUUUGUCUUGUUUUCCUGCUCCUGUAUCUACUCUGAAUUCACUUCAAUAAAUGAAAAUUACACUCGA